UGGGAGAGAACUUUGUGUAGAAAAAUCGGGAGAGCUGGUUAGUGCGGGAGCAGAAUUCCAACUGGAAUAACAGUACACCUUUUUUCCUGCUGUCAGACCGAGCUGGAGCGAGUGACAACAAGACUGUUCGAAGGUUUUGCGGAGGAAAAUCAGACAGGAUUAGUGGAUUUUCGGUGAAUUGCCGCACGAUUGGAUUUGCAUUUUGCAACUCUCGUUUAAAAGGUUUGAACCGGGAAAGCAGCAAACUAAGCAAAGAAUGCCCGGAAGUGGUCCCGUUUAUCAGCCGACUACGGUUUCGUACGAAGCCCGUCCGGGUACGGGCAGUGGUGGUGGCAGUGGCGGUGGUGGACUAUUGGCACAAACGGCCGCCGCCUCCUCGCUGAAGAUGCUCCGGAAACCAGCCGCCCAGAUUUCGGUGCUGAUAUUCGGACUUAUUUCGUUAGCUGCUGGUAUCACUAUGAUUGCCAGUGGUUCAGCCGAUUAUUCGGACACGGAACAGCACCCGGAGGCGCACCCAGACGGUGACAGCAUUCCAGAGGAAGAACUCGACAUCGGUUUGAUUGUUUCCGGAGUUCUUGUGACAAUACUUGGCUUUGUUCUUCUCGGUCUCUACGUCAAGGUUGCGGACUGGCGCCGGAACUGUGUAUGCCCGUGCGCCCUGACAAAGAAACAAGGCCUGGCGCGGCAAUUGCAGGGUAGCAGCGGCGGACAGAUUCUAGCACUCAACCCGAGCACGGAUCCGCUCGUUUCGCACACGCAGUACGCUCCGGUGUCCGAAAUUCCCACCCGCCAGGAGGACGAGGAACGGCGAAAUCUGAUGCCAGACAAUAAGGAUUCCUGUUUGAGCAGUGCCGAAGAGUCCGAUCGGAUGCUGGAUCCCGAUCCGAGGAUUGUUCUACGGCCGAUUGGCGGUAGCAACGCCGAGGAUGCCUAGGACGAGGAGGAGAAUGACGACGACGACGACGACGACGAGUGGUAGGCGGAAUGGUGAAUUUAUUUAGACACAGUCGGGGAAGGUGUUUUAUUUCUUCGAAUCGCUCUAUCGGGGUCGAUGUUGCUAGGAUAGGCUUAAAGCGCUUCUGUGCAAACAGUUCCCGGAAGGGGGGGUGCACAAAACAAGAUUUUUUUUCGACUGGAACAGGAAAAGGUAACCAAACAAAACUAUGAGAUUAUUAUUUGAAGUUUGAUUGUUUUCCAAAGUUAACAGAAAAGCUUACAUUGAAUAUUACAAAGUAACGGUUAGUGACAAAGUGGUAAAGCGUGGAACGAAAUUCGGGUUUAUUGGAUCUGACGAAGAAUAUUUGUACAACACAGAGCUGAUCAAGCGCAUUAGUUUACCUGUUCAAAAUUUAAUUUAGAGAUCUUAGCAAAUAGUUUUCUUUGAUCGUACUAUUUUUCUAGAAUUUGAAAAGCUACGGUCAAUGUUUUCCCAUCCGUUGAUAGGUAUACUUAAAUCAGCUUACUUUUCUUGUAGAUUCUUUAAUUUUACAAGAAAUCGAUAAGAAGAUUCCACUUCCGUCCAUGUUUUUUUUCGAGAAGAAAACAUUCAAAUUGAGACUAACGUUGAUUGAUUUUUAAUUUAAAACUAUUCUCCAAACAAACGAAUCCAUCCAGUGUUUUUAUAGGGCUCCGGGUUAUAAGCAGAUGGAUUUCCAAGCGAAAUUCUCUGUAUUUUAUUACAUGUGUGAGUUCCCAAGAAAAUACCUUAACUUAUUAUCGCUCCUCUCUCGUUUGAUAGAUCUAAUAACUGAAAGCCGUAGCUAUUUUUUCCUACUUAAAUUAUACAAACUUAAGCGUAUGUAUUGGAAAAAAAAAACAGAAUGCAAAAAGCAGCAGCAUUUAUUUAGUUGACACAACACUUAAAACUAUCACACAAGCGAGCGUAGCUUAAGUACUUAGUUUUAUUCCUGCAUUUUACUAAUAUUAAUUUUUAUUUAGGUCGACAUAAAACACUAAACAAACGCAAAGAGUGCAAUUAUAUUGAUAUUUAUGCGGCAUUCCGUUCCAUUCCAAAUAGAAUCAAAAAAAAAUUGAAAAUUCAAAUUCAGUACAGCUCUCUCAAACAAUCAAUACAGCUCACAUGACAUACACUGUUGAAGAUUUCAUCCGAACAACUGUAACUCAUCGCACGGUCAGUUUCUAUGGGUGGCUUUCAAAAUUGACAUCUUUCUUAACAGUGUUCGAUCGAUCGAUUAUCUAACUUUCAAUCGGGCUUUUCGAUUCGAGUUCUAACUAACUCUGGAACAGAAACUCAGCAUUCAGCUGGUUGAAAACCUUAUACACUCACACAAACACAAACUCACACGAUUCUCGGUCGCAGUGCAUUCAGGACACAACACACACACAACGUAGGAGAAGGGAUUUGAUCGAAACAAGUGAUAGAAAAAACAAAAAAUAAACGAAACAUCAUUAUUACUGCGUAGUUUUGUAGUAGCACAUUUACAUAGUCCCAUAGAGACAGUAAACAAAAAAAAAAUAAAAGCAGAAGAUUUUAGAACUUUUGGUAUGUUGUUUUUUUUCUUUCUUUAAGAUACAAAACAUUGAACAAUAAAGUAUUGUCGUUUUCAAAGCAAUCUGCGGUGCGUUGGGCCAUGCGAGCAAAACGAACGGUACUCUAAAACGAAUUGUAAACACCGAGAGACCCCUUAAUAAACGUUGUAUCGAUA